AUGGCCGAUAAAGAUCAAUCAAAAGAGAACGAUACUAAUUCAACUGCUAGUUCAACAACAGCAAAACCAUCAAAUAAAAAAUCAAAAAAUAAAGUAGCAACUGAUGCACCCGAUGGUAAUACUUCAACUACAAACGAAAAUAAUGCUACUCCGUCACCAGAUUCAGUACAGGAUAUGUUAAAAAAAUUAGCUCUAGUUGAACAAGCUUCUGCUGCAGGUAAUAAUCGAAGUGCACCAAAAUCAGAUGAAGAAGCUGCAUCGAGACAAGAAUGGAAAUUUUGGCAUACACAACCUGUACCAACUAUUGGAACAAAAACAGCAUCGGAAAAUAGUGGACCUGUAGAAGAAAAUAAACCUAUGGAAGAAUUAAGACAAGAACCAUAUAAAUUACCAGAUGGAUUUUCAUGGGAUGAAAUUGAUGUUCUCAAUGAAGACGAAUUAAAAGAAUUAUAUGUUCUUUUAAAUGAGAAUUAUGUUGAAGAUGAUGAUAAUAUGUUUCGUUUUGAUUAUUCAAUGCCAUUUUUACGAUGGGCUUUAUGUGCACCAGGAUGGAUUCGAAAAUGGCAUGCAGCUGUACGUGUAACAAAAAGUCGCAAAAUGGUUGGUUUUAUUAGUGCUGUACCUAUUAAAAUGAAAGUUUAUGAAAAGGAAGUUCCAAUGGUUGAAAUUAAUUUUUUGUGUGUUCAUAAAAAAUUGCGUUUGAAACGUAUGGCACCCGUUUUAAUUAAAGAAAUAACUCGACGUGUUAAUUUGGAAGGAAUUUUUCAAGCUGUUUAUACAGCUGGUGUUGUUCUACCUGGUAUUGUUAGCAAAUGUAGAUAUUGGCAUCGUUCACUUAAUGUCAAAAAAUUGGUGUCUGUACAAUUUUCCCACGUAGGCAGAAACAUGACAUUACAAAGAAUGCAAAAACUCUAUCGACUACCUGAAGCAACACAAAUAAAAGGUUUUCGUGAAAUGCGUCAUGCUGAUAUACCAAGGGCUUUUGCUUUACUUUCACAAUAUUUAAAAAAAUUUGAUUUAUCACCUGUAUUUACUCAAGAAGAAUUUGAAUAUCUAUGUCAAAAUCGUCCUAAUAUUGUUAGUUCAUUUGUCGUUGAACAAGAAGAUGGUGAAAUAACAGAUUUUAUUUCUUAUUAUCAUUUAUCAUCAACAAUUAUGAAUCAUCCACAAUAUAAAACAUUGAAUGCAUGUUAUAUGUAUUAUCAUGCAGCAAGUCGAACGCCACUACCUGAACUUGUUAAUGAUUGUCUUGUUCAAGCACAUCUUAAUGAUUUUGAUGUAUUCAAUGCACUUGAUCUAAUGGAUAAUAAAGAAUUUUUAGAAAAACUUAAAUUUGGUGUUGGUGAUGGCAAUCUUCAAUAUUAUAUUUACAACUGGCAAUGUCCACAAAUGAAUCCAGAAAAGGUUGCAUUAUUACUUCAAUAG